CUUGGGAAGUGACGUCUUACAGCAUUUGCUGUUCUAGAAAGAGCUGAGACACGUAGUGUAAUUGGGAGGGAUCUGAGUGGCAGAAUCUCUACCACAGUGUAUAUUUAUCUGUAUAAGUGACCAGGGAGGGGGGGAAAGUGACGAGCAGUCUGCCUGCUGCUUAAUACAACUUCAGCUCUUGUGACUUCUGUUAACGCUUUUCCAGCAACAUCGUAUAGCUGAGAUACAGGAUUCUUUUAUAUCAAGGGAAAUAAACUUUUUGAACAAUCAAAAUGGGAAAGGAUUAUUAUUCCGUUCUCGGAAUUGAAAAGGGGGCAUCUGAUGAAGACAUCAAGAAAGCCUACCGAAAACAAGCCCUUAAAUGGCAUCCAGAUAAGAACAAAUCUCCCCAUGCAGAAGACAAAUUCAAAGAGAUCGCAGAAGCCUACGAGGUGCUGAGUGAUCCCAAAAAAAGGGAAAUUUAUGAUCAGUUUGGAGAAGAAGGACUAAAAGGAGGAGCUGGAGGACCAGAUGGGCAAGGCGGUACCUUCCGGUACUCCUUUCAUGGAGACCCACAUGCCACAUUUGCAGCAUUUUUUGGUGGAGCAAAUCCUUUUGAAAUCUUCUUUGGUCGAAGGAUGCCAGGUGGAAGGGACAGUGAAGACAUGGAAGUGGAUGGAGAUCCGUUUGGUUCCUUUACUACUUUUAAUAUGAACGGAUUUCCAAGGGAAAGAAAUACUGUUGGUAGCCAACCCCGUCGUAAGCAAGACCCCCCUGUUAUUCAUGAACUCAAGGUAUCAUUGGAAGAGAUUUACCAUGGUUGCACAAAAAGAAUGAGAAUUUCCCGAAAAAGGCUCAACCCAGAUGGUAGAAGUGUUAGAACAGAAGAUAAAAUCCUUACUAUUGAUAUCAAGAGAGGAUGGAAAGAGGGUACCAAAAUUACAUUCCCCAAAGAGGGUGAUGAAACACCCAGCACCAUCCCAGCUGAUAUUGUGUUUGUAAUUAAAGAUAAAAUACAUCCCCACUUCAAGAGGGAUGGUUCAAAUAUUGUCUAUCCUGUAAAGAUAAGCUUGCGGGAGGCUUUAUGUGGCACUUCAGUCAAUGUACCAACUAUAGAAGGUCGAACCAUACCUAUGACGGUAAAUGAAGUUGUAAAGCCUGGGAUGAGAAGAAGAAUUAUAGGAUAUGGUUUACCAUUUCCGAAAAAUCCUGACCAACGAGGUGACUUAAUUAUAGAAUUUGAAGUAAUGUUCCCAGACAGUAUAGCUCCAGCAUCAAAAGAAGUACUCAGGAGAAAUCUUCCUGUUUCAUAAGAAAUUUACUUUAAUGAACUGUUCCAAGAGGACACUGAAAAUGAAGACUUUCAGGUUUUAUGCUGUAAAAGUGCAAUCUAUAACUGUGGAACUUUUCUUGUUCGUGUGUGUGCGUGGGCAAGGGAAUUAUGCAGUGCUGCAUGAGAAUACAAGGGGAAAAUAUAAAAAACUUGCAAUCAAGUAUAAAGCUAAAACCACUUGCUGUGUAUUGGAUCUUCCUUUUCAAAAUAUUUUAUCCAGUAUUUUGCUUACAUGUAAUAUGUAAUAUUUGGGGAGGGGAACACCCCUUUGCAUAUCUUUCUAAUGAAGUGCUUAACUUUCAAAGCAUUUUAUUCCAGAUAUUUCUUAAUCAUCUAUGUGAGAUAUUAUAUUGCAGUAUCAGAAUUUAUGAUAUGAUCCUAUGUAAGAUUUGUAAUAUUUAUGUUGUGUAUAUACCCAGUAAGCUCUGUUUACAUUGCACACAGCAGAAGGAAGAAAAUCUCACAUGAAAUGUUCAUGAGCCCCAAAAGGAUAAGUUUUACUUGUAUUGCUGUAGAUGUUUGCUUAAUAUUCUAGCAGUAAGCAUACUGGCCUGAUAGAAAAUACAUACACCAUUCCAAGGUGUACUUUUUUUGACCUAGCAGAUUUCCAGGUGGAAACAGCUGUGAAAACAGUCACUUUAAUGUCCCUAAGAACAAAUGUUGAAAAUAUGUAGCUUGUCUGCUAAGACAUCAUAUUUAUAGGAAGGGCUAUCUGAACAAUUGUCAAGACAAUUAGCCUUUAUCAAUCAACUCCAGUUUUUUAUAGGUUUAAUCCUCUUGUAAGUUCUAUGAACAGUAAAUUGGUAAAGCUGAAUUUAACUGAAAGAUUUGUCAGUCCAUCAUGAAUUAUCUGAACAAAGAGAUAGUGGGGGGGGGGAACCCUCAGUCUAGUUUUCAAAAACAUCUACAGGGCUGGUACCCUUGGAUGGUAAAAUAAGACUACUAAACAUGCUUUCAGCAUAGUCUUGAAAUAUGCUGCAAUAUAUUAACAUUUGUUAAUCAUUUUUUUGUUUCAUUUUACUUACAUACAAAUGUGCUAGGUAGCUCCCCUGAUAACCAACAGGGUGAUUAAUUGUGCAUGGUUCCAUCAAUUUUCUAAGCAUUAGUAGAUGUAAAAUAUGGAACAGUUAUAAGAAUCUUUGGCGGAGUGGGGAUGGGGAGCAGGACAUUUUAGGAACUACAAACUUGAGUGAGUUGGCAACUUUUUUAGAGGAUGUAAUACAUGGGGGAGGAACAAACAUGCAGUUUGAAAGCAGAAAAUAUCCAGGAUGCUGGUUUUCAUGACACUAGAAGUGAGAAAGUAGAAAACUUCUGUUUUUUCUUUAUGCAUAUUGUAAGAGCAUUUAAAUAUCCUUCACGGUCUGUAUUGCAUUUCAUAUGUUUUUUUAAUU